GGCGGAGUGUGGCGUAGCAGCAGCUUCACGCACUGAGCAUCUCUGCAUCAAAUCUGCCUCCGACUUAUCUCAUCCAUCCCAUAAUAUCGACAAGCCAAUAUGCGUGAGUGCAUCUCCAUCCACGUCGGACAGGCUGGUGUCCAGAUUGGCAAUGCCUGCUGGGAGCUUUACUGCCUGGAACAUGGGAUCCAGCCGGACGGACAGAUGCCCAGUGACAAAGCCAUCGGUGGAGGAGAUGAUUCCUUCAACACCUUCUUCAGUGAGACUGGAGCUGGAAAGCACGUUCCCAGAGCAGUUUUUGUGGACUUGGAGCCCACUGUCAUUGAUGAGGUGCGCACUGGGACCUAUCGCCAGCUGUUCCACCCUGAGCAGCUAAUCACUGGUAAGGAAGAUGCUGCCAAUAACUACGCCCGUGGACACUACACCAUCGGCAAAGAGAUCAUUGAUCUGGUGUUGGACAGGAUCCGCAAAUUGGCCGACCAGUGCACUGGCCUUCAGGGCUUCCUGGUUUUCCACAGCUUUGGAGGUGGCACCGGCUCUGGUUUCACCUCCCUGCUGAUGGAGCGUCUGUCUGUUGACUACGGCAAGAAGUCCAAGCUGGAGUUCUCCAUCUACCCAGCUCCCCAGGUGUCCACCGCUGUGGUGGAGCCCUACAACUCCAUCCUGACCACCCACACCACCCUAGAGCACUCUGACUGUGCAUUCAUGGUGGAUAACGAGGCCAUCUACGAUAUUUGCCGUAGGAACCUCGAUAUUGAGCGUCCUACCUACACCAACCUGAACAGGUUGAUCAGUCAGAUUGUGUCCUCCAUCACCGCUUCCCUUCGUUUCGAUGGCGCCCUCAACGUUGAUCUGACAGAGUUCCAGACCAACUUGGUGCCAUAUCCCCGUAUCCACUUCCCUCUGGCCACCUAUGCCCCAGUCAUCUCUGCUGAGAAGGCAUACCAUGAGCAGCUCUCAGUGGCUGAAAUCACCAAUGCUUGCUUUGAGCCUGCCAAUCAGAUGGUGAAAUGUGACCCUCGCCAUGGCAAGUACAUGGCUUGCUGCCUGUUGUAUCGUGGCGAUGUGGUGCCCAAAGAUGUCAAUGCUGCCAUUGCUACCAUCAAGACCAAGCGCUCCAUCCAGUUUGUGGACUGGUGCCCCACUGGUUUUAAGGUCGGCAUCAACUACCAGCCGCCCACUGUAGUUCCUGGUGGAGACCUGGCCAAGGUCCAGAGGGCUGUGUGCAUGCUGAGCAACACCACUGCUAUUGCAGAGGCCUGGGCUCGGCUUGACCACAAGUUCGAUUUGAUGUACGCUAAGCGUGCCUUUGUUCACUGGUAUGUGGGUGAGGGAAUGGAGGAGGGAGAGUUCUCAGAGGCCAGGGAGGACAUGGCUGCUCUGGAGAAGGAUUAUGAAGAGGUCGGAGUUGACUCUAUUGAGGGAGAGGGAGAGGAGGAAGGAGAAGAGUAUUAAAAGAUAUAAAGGAGCAAUUAGUGAGGUCCUGGUUGAGUCCAGUGUGUUCUGAAAUAGAUUCCACACAAAUGUUUGUCUGUUAUUUACCGGCUUGACUAUAAACAUAACACUUUGACAAAUAAGCUGUUUUCGACCAUGACAUUACUUCAAAUCCUCAUGUUUGAGCCAGAAUAUGAAAGUGUACAGCAAAACAGACUGCAACGGCAUUAAUUAAUCUGAAUGUCUCCUCCAUAGGAAGGUGAACAGCGGUACAUGUACUGAUGAAAAGAGAUGUGUGAAACAAAGCGGGUAAUUGAGAAACCCCAUAUUCUAACUGGCAUAAUGCAGACAUAGCAACUUCUCCAGCCUUACAACAAUUCUCUCUAACGUUACAGAAAAAAGGCAUUAACAGACCAACCUUCCUCUUGAUGUGUUGCCAACCUGCAACACAUCACGUGUGACAGACACACUGGCCUCAAGCAGUCAAAACAAGUUGUAGAUUACACCUGGCCAGGUAAAACAGUGAGUCCCUGUACAGGAACAUUCCCAGACAUGCAGUAACCUCAGGCCCUGCAUUUUGUCCACAUCCUCUGGUCACAGUGCAGCAGCAGGAGGGAAAAUAGAUCCACCAAACCAGGCGCAGUCAAAAAAAUUCCACUUUUACAGUGGCAUCUGUGGAGGCCAGGCAAACUGACAUGAAGACUUGUAUCAACCAAAUCACUUCCACACAGAACUAUAACAACAUAUGUACACGUUUUUGGAGCUGUGAGUCAUGUUUGAGAUAAUUUAUUGUUGUAACAUUGUAGAUGUCAGAAAACACAGAAAAGCAUGCCAUGGGCUCUUUAAGAAAUCAUCCAUUGUCUCUGUACAAUAUGUCCUGUUACAGGCUUGUGAUUUCUAUACUCGUUUAAAUUUACUGUAUGUUAAACCUAGUAGAUGAAGGCCAUAAUAAAUCUGGUGCAGUAAGUCAUGGAAUAAGUCAUUAAAGGCAGUAACGUGAA